UUCAAUCCUCCUGGAACACCUAGGUAUCAGGGUUUGGCCCCCAAUCGUAGCCGUUUCACAACCACGCUAAAACCUAAUGUUGGCUGCUCUCCGAUCUCGCUGCUCUUCUCUCCCCUCUCUUCUUCUCAAAUCGCCACCGUCGCCGUCGCUUCUAGACCAGUCAUGGAAGCUACUAGGUCUCUCCGCUCCCUCCUUCUCUUCUUCCGCCGGCGGCGCCCGUGAUAUCUCAGAGGUCCUAACCGUCGCCGAAGUGGAGAAGAUUCUCUCCGACGUGAAAGCAGACAACGUGAUUGUGAUCCCGACGGAGAACCAGUCCUGCUGGGCCGAUGUCACGAUCAUCGCCACCGGAAGAUCAGAUUGGCACUUGAAGAACAUCGCUCAGGCUCUCGUCUACAGGGCAAAGCAGAAGCAGAGAGGAGAGAAACAUGUAAUGCUUCCUUGUGUGCAAGGGUACGAUACCAAGUGGAUUGUCAUUGACUACGGGAAGUUUGUAGUACAUGCGCUUGAUGACAAGGCCAGGGUUUACUUCAAUUUGGAGAGUCUUUGGACUGGUGAACCAUCAUCAGCUAAUGAUAACUCAGACAAGGAUUUGCAAAACGCUUUUGUAAAGGUCCGACCAAUUAACAACUCCAAAAAGAAGAAACCGGUUCAAGUGAGUUCUUGAUCCAGAAAAAAUGCCAACUGUUCGCUUGACAAACAGUUUGUAAUAAACAUAUUCCCUAGUAAGGAUAUUAUCCUCGAUGGGUUUUUUUUUUUCUUCUCAAUUUUAUAAAAUAUUUGAUGGAGAAUACAUGGUGUGUAAUUCAAAAACCGGUGGAGAGUGUUCUACAAACAAAUUCUAAACGAGGCAGUCAAGAGUCCCAACA